AAUCUGGCAACACCGCCCUGUGUUAUAACAUUCGUCUCGCUGCCAACUUCACGCAGGAACUUCAACAGCUCACAGGAUGAUGAUGCAACGUACUGCGCUUUUGCUGCCAUUGGCUGUUGAAGCCACCAUUGUGGCCCAGCAGCAACGUGGCAUGGCCACAUUGAAGCAUAUUUCGAUGCGCCUCAAAUCCGUGAAGAACAUCCAAAAAAUUACGCAAUCAAUGAAGAUGGUGUCCGCGGCCAAAUACUCCCGUGCCGAGCGUGAUUUAAAGGCAGCGCGUCCCUACGGUGUUGGUGCUCAACAAUUCUUUGAGAAAACCGAAAUCCAGGCUGAUGCCGCCGCUGAGCCCAAGAAGCUUCUGAUUGCCGUGACAUCGGAUCGUGGCCUCUGUGGUGCCGUGCACACCGGCGUUGCGCGUACAAUCCGUGGUGAACUACAAAAGGAGAGUUCGAACACCAUGGUGUUCUGCGUUGGCGACAAGUCGCGUGCCAUUCUGUCUCGUCUGUAUGGCAAGAACAUCCUAAUGGUGGCCAACGAAGUGGGCCGUCUGCCACCCACCUUCCUGGAUGCCUCCAAGAUUGCGCAUGAAGUCUUGUCGACUGGCUACGAGUACACCGAGGGCAAGAUCGUGUACAACAGAUUCAAGUCUGUGGUCUCGUACCAGUGCACCUCAUUGCCCAUCUACAGUGGCGCCACUGUGGAGAAGUCGGAGAAGCUGGCCGUUUACGAUUCGCUCGAUAGCGAUGUCAUCAAGAGCUAUCUGGAGUUCUCACUGGCCUCGCUCAUCUUCUACACCAUGAAGGAGGGCGCUUGCUCUGAGCAAUCGUCCCGUAUGACUGCCAUGGACAACGCCUCGAAGAACGCUGGUGAAAUGAUUGAGAAACUGACUCUCACAUUCAACCGCACCCGACAGGCUGUCAUCACACGCGAGCUGAUUGAAAUCAUCUCCGGUGCCGCUGCCCUUUCAUAAGAAGUGUCCUCGAAACACACACUCCAGUUCGAGUCGCAGCUGUAGCCUCAACGAUUUCAUCCAAGCCUAAUUAUAAAAGAUUACGAUUCGAAGACGCCAGAAGCUGCGUAUUAAAUGAUUUAAAACAUAUAAUUAUCUGAGAUAAAACCGAAAUAAAUAGCGUGGAACGAA